CGUGUAGCUAGAACAAGAUGCUUGGUUACGAUUUACAAGGCUAAGAACACCAUCUUUGUCCCUUCAAGAUGGCGAUUCAAUCAUUGCCUCUUUUCUUCUUCUCAUCUCUAGUUUAUUCUGAUACGCCCGAAGGCACGUUUCUAUAACGCAUCGCGCAUCGCGCAUCACGGCAUGUUAGGCUAUUUCUUGAUGCUACUCUUGAUAUUGUCGUAAUAACCUCCUUUCGUAAAGCGUAAUCGUGCGUGUCGUCGCCAUGCAGAGCCGCACAACCACUUCCGUAAUUGGACAGCCAUCUCAAGAACAUACGCAGCAACCCGCCGAAGAACAACCUCAACAACCACCUCAACCUCAAGUCCCGCAGCUAGUACCACAACCGAGGGAUUACUUCCAACGGACGCCGCCGGUCUUCCAGUCAAGCGGUCUAACAGAGAGAGUGUCCUUCGCCGCUCGAGCGAACCCUCUUGUUACUAGGGACCAUCCGAAUUUUAUGAGGAUCGAACGCUAUUUCUUCACGUUGCUCCGAAAUACCAAUCUUACCAUCCAGGAGAUACUUCAAAACACCUUUGAACCUCACGAGAUCUGUCUCAUCGAACCGGUCAGCCAUCCGCCAGAGCUGGUUAGAUUGCAGAAGAGGAACUCCCUUCGUUAUCAGCAGAUUCUGGAAACACGCUUCCAGGGCCACGCCCCUACGCUGCAGCUAAAGUUGGCGCUGCUUUACUUCGGAUUGCCCGUCGCUCCGAUGAAGCCCGGCAUGUCUCAAGAAUUGGUCAUCACGGACCUAGACUUCCUGGAGGACAAGCUCGAGAUUUCGGUCGACCCUCUCGGGUUCUUGGACGAGUACGCCGAGAGAUCAUACGGCGACCCUAAUAGACACGUUCCCGAUCGUCAUUUCUUCAAGCUCCCGCAGAUGCAGGAGUUCACGUCUCUGCGUAUCCGCCCUAAGCCAUAUGACGACGAUGAUUUCUCAUCGUUGAGACUUCGCGGCGGUGCGGCGCCCGCGAAGAUGGACUGGGAGCAAGAAGGUGACGGCGCUGCCGGUCCAACGACCAGGGCCGUAAGGAUUUUCGGCUAUCAGGGCUCGGUUCUUGUGGAAUAUUCUCCUUCUUCCGCGUAUGAGAGCUUCGUCGAGGCCGCAGACAAGCUUCUGGGGUUGGUAUACAAAUACAACUAUUCUAUACGGCUUCAAGUAUGGGACCAAAAGUCCUCCGACACCGAGCCCGUCGCGGAAGAAACGGGCAUGAUAUACCAGAAAAACACCAAGCCCGGCAAAGCCGAUAAGAUAAGUUCGUUGAUUAAACGAUUGUUCAGCAAGGGAAAUGCGGACGAGAGAUACUGCGGUUUUGUGCUGUUCGACAAGGAGGAACCUCCCGAGUUCUACCAGCCGUCCCGCGACGCCGACCGAUACAUCGUCCGCGUUUGGGAUGCCGAAAAUCAGAACAUGUCGUAUAUGAAGGUCCCAACCGACCUUUCUUCGAAUCUCAAGCCGAACCAAUUCAGCAAGGAAUACCUGCGCGCGAUGAGGUUCUUGCUGCCACGUCCUUGCCAUCAGUAUUUGCAGUUUUAUGAGGUCGGGAACGCCUCCACUUACGGAUUACUUGAUCCGCCCGCAGGAAUUUGGGAUCAACUCAUCCGAGACCAAGCAAACGCGGACCACUUGCCUCUCCUGUCUUUUGAAGGGAUCGACGUGCCGGACGACAUCGUCCCGGUUUUCAUACCAGGCUUCCACUCCUACGACGCCGACUUCUCGGAUCCGUCCCGCGAACCACCCGUAACCACCCUCAGCAGCGAUGAUCUCGAAUUAGACGGGACUAACGACACGGUCGGGCUAUCGAAGCUGAUCAGCGCGGUAAAUGCUGCGAACCCGUUGGUGAUGAGCGACAGGAAGAAGAUUGGAUUCGAAGUCUGGCUUCCAGGAGACGACUUCCUGAACACCGUAAAUUCUGGACAGUUCAUAAACCUCGUGGAUACAGAGAUCAACGAGCAGACGAUAUUUAACUGGAAGGCUGUCGUGCGAGCCUACCAAGGACCGAGAGUCCACGCCGAACCUGGCAAGGUAGGCAUCGUAGCUCGACCCGUGUUCAGCAAUUACAAGAUCACGGCGAAGAACGAUGCCAAACGCCAGUUUUCGGUCAACCUCAACGACCUAGAACUGUCGGAGUUUAGAGAGGAGGUCAAGUCCAAGCUAUUCCCCAGGUAUAAUCCAGAAUUGAAGCAGAUAGGUCUGCAUCUGGUGCAGUCUACCUGGUCGAAGAAUCCGAUCGAUUUCGCCAUCAGAGCAGAUACGAACGAGUACGGGUGGAGAUGGAUUGUGAGGCACAUCACCGAACCGGAUAUAACCGUAUCCGUCGAGUAUUGGCCGGAUGACUGCGCUGUGGAAAAGGAUACGACGUGGGGACCGCGCUACGAUACCGUAGAGCCGCUGUCGCUAACGUCGGAGUUCGAUUCGAUGGACAAGAGGUUCACGUCGCGUGGCCCACCCGGACAAAAGCUGUUUGAAAAAUCCAAGAACAAUUUAGAGGGCGCCAGGAGGGCGCUGCGGCUGAGAGAGAGGCUGUUCUGGGACGAUAUGAGCAUGUUUACCAACCCAACCAAACCCGCCAUGCCGCUCCAAGGUCCGCCUAUCGAGACCAUCAUCAGGACGGGGCCGUACGUGCCGGCGUUUACCACCGCCAUGCGAACUCCUAGCGAAGUGGCGCGGCUCGAAAGAGAAGUUCAUUCGUUACGGGGCAACCUUCUUGACCGAGUUAGGGAGUGUCCUUACAUGGACUGCGAGAGAAUCUUCCGCUUCCAGGAUAAGAGCGAGCUCGAUCGACACUUACGAGAGGAUCAUACGACCCUUCAGUGCUUCCUAUGCGACGAGGAGAAAUACGUCCUUCCAUUCUACGAUUCCCAGAGCAUCAAGCAGCACUUCCUUGACAAACACCUCGACAGCGUUAAGAGGGAAGUGCUUGGGAGCUCCGGGAAAGGCGAAAAGCCUUUUAACCACUCUUUCCCUCCCGGCCCUCGUAACGACAUCCCCGCUCCUAGGCCUAGGCCUAAGAGAGAGACACGGGUUGAACCGGAGCCGGCGAAAGAUGUGGCGAAAGAUGUAGAAAAACAACCUGAAGCGCCCCAGAAACUUACUCCUUUGACUAGAUAUAAACAGAUGGGGACGCCCGCGCGAUGGAGAGAAGCGACCGCGACUGACCCGCUCCCUCCUCGUCGACCCCGUUCUCCCCUGUGGGAUGAAUUUCUCGAGCCGCAGUCCCAACCCUGGGAUUUUUACCCGGAUGCCGACUGGAGAUGCUCUCGAUGCUUCCGAGCCGCGGGAAGAAGUUUGAACCAGAUAGAGAUGCACAUGGACCAGCGCGGAUCUUGCAAAAUCCGUCGUACCUUAGGCACCACAAGAUACGGCCCCGUGCCCAAUCGCAGCGGAUGGAUCAUCCCCGACGAGAAAUUCGACUUCAAGACGGCGUAUUACAACUUCGUCAACGAAUACCCGGCGUACAGACACACCAUGUUCCCCGCGCGGCAAGAAAGCGUGGAAUCGGUCUGGGAAAACCCGUACAACCUGGACAAGGCGACGGGCUCCAUCGAAGACGACCCGAACUACAAAGGGGCAGCGUACAUGGAAGCUCGGGGCGACAAGCUCCCGUGGCCACCGUACCAAGGACUCGUGAUACCGUUGAACGGGCCGGAGCCAGAUUCGCCGGGAGUUUAUAGCUUGGUGAGCUUGACCAGCGAGGAGUCGGACGAAGAGAUAAAAGAAGAAGAAGAGGACGAAGACGAAGAGGUAAAAGAAGAAGAUGAUGAAGUCGAAGACGUUCUCGAAGACGAAGAAAUCAAAUCCGGAAAAAACGGGGAUGCUGAGAAAGCGCCUAACUCUCAACACGAGGCUCGAUCCGAAGGCAGCGUUUUGGAGUCGACGGAAGACGACAGCCAAGGAAGCUCGACAAGCGGCUACGACGAAAAGGACGAGGAGUACGAUCCGAACAAGCAGCCAGCGGACACCGCGGACGAGCUCGAGGAGGAGUACUCGGAGAGAAGCGCGGUUCUAGACCCGAUUCGAGACUUGGAGACAGACGAAUCGGGGGGGUCCAAGAAGCGUGCCACGCCGGCGACGGCAGAUACCCCCGAGCCUGCCAACAAACGCACGCGCUUGCCGGCGUGGAAACCCCUAAUAGUAGUCCCGCCCAUCUGGGAAGAGAUGAACAGAGUCGUCGGGCAUCUCCAGCGUGGUUCCCAGCCGCCGGCUACCAAUCCGCCCAUGUCCGACGUGUCAGAUUGCCGGCGGUCUAGUUCCGGACCGCCUUCGGGAAGACCUCAGACCCGAGGGAAGUGAGGUAAAGAGGUGCCUACCACUCGCCACCCGGCGGGAGGAUGGGAAUUAGAUCGAACAAAGUUGAGAUGUACAGCUGUAGAUUAGAGAGCGGGAUGUACGAGGAUAGAAGCGCAUUUGAUCUUUACGGUUUGGAUUUUCUUUUAUUUUUAGUGAAAGGGGCUUAACCUCACCUAGAAUAUUUACCUACCUGACUUACCUACCUCCUACUUAGCUAGGUAUCUACCUAGGUAGCUAGGUAGGGUAGCUGAUAUUUCGCUCGGC